CCCGCGCCGAGCGCCGCCGCCGCCGCCGCCGCCGCUCCGCUGCCCGCGCCGCCCGCGGCUCCCGAUGGAGACUGACGCGCCCCAGCCCGGCCUCGCCUCCCCGGACUCGCCGCACGACCCCUGCAAGAUGUUCAUCGGAGGACUCAGUUGGCAGACCACGCAGGAAGGGCUGCGCGAAUACUUCGGCCAGUUCGGGGAGGUGAAAGAGUGUCUGGUGAUGCGGGACCCCCUGACCAAAAGAUCCAGGGGUUUCGGCUUCGUCACUUUCAUGGACCAGGCGGGGGUGGAUAAAGUGCUGGCGCAAUCGCGGCACGAGCUCGACUCCAAAACAAUUGACCCCAAGGUGGCCUUUCCUCGGAGAGCACAACCUAAGAUGGUCACUCGAACGAAGAAGAUCUUCGUGGGGGGGUUGUCUGUGAACACCACGGUGGAAGACGUGAAACACUAUUUUGAGCAGUUCGGAAAGGUGGACGAUGCCAUGCUGAUGUUUGACAAAACCACCAACAGGCACAGAGGGUUUGGGUUCGUCACGUUCGAGAGUGAGGAUAUCGUCGAGAAAGUGUGUGAGAUCCACUUCCAUGAAAUCAACAACAAAAUGGUGGAAUGCAAGAAAGCACAGCCAAAGGAGGUGAUGUCCCCGACGGGCUCGGCCCGGGGCAGGUCUCGAGUCAUGCCCUACGGAAUGGACGCCUUCAUGCUGGGCAUCGGCAUGCUGGGUUACCCAGGUUUCCAAGCCACGACCUACGCCAGCCGCAGUUACACAGGCCUUGCCCCUGGUUACACCUACCAGUUCCCCGAAUUCCGUGUAGAGCGGACCCCUCUCCCGAGUGCCCCAGUCCUCCCCGAGCUUACAGCUAUCCCUCUCACUGCUUAUGGGCCGAUGGCAGCGGCGGCAGCGGCGGCGGCUGUAGUCCGAGGGACAGGCUCUCACCCCUGGACGGUGGCUCCCCCUCCAGGUUCCACUCCCAGCCGCACGGGGGGCUUCCUGGGGACCACAAGCCCCGGCCCCAUGGCUGAGCUCUACGGAACAGCCAACCAGGACUCGGGGGUCAGCAGUUACAUCAGCGCCGCCAGCCCCGCCCCCAGCACUGGUUUCGGCCACAGUCUUGGGGGUCCCCUGAUUGCCACAGCCUUCACCAAUGGGUACCACUGAAGCAGGGAGGAAGUGGCAGGAGCGCCCCAGCCUGCAGCUGACUGAGGACCAGAGUGAGCCAGCAAGGGGAUUGGGACACCUCAGCCGCAGCAGCCCAGCCCCUUGGCUGCAACUCGGACCGCUACUGCCUGUCCCUCAACCCCUGGGCCCAGCCCCCGCCCUGCCAUCCCGUCUGCCCGCUACUAACCUCCCCUGUUCUGACCUUGCCUCCUCUUCCCCACCUGCCUCUCUCCCUGUUCGCUUUUAUUUAUUUUGGAUUAGCCAGUUACCCUUCCCCCCACCAGAUCUGCCCUCUCGGGUCUGCCCCGUCCCUCCCUGCUGCCCCCUUUAGGACACCCCCCAGGAAGGCUUUUUGUAUCUGCAUAGCUGGAGGGCGGGCAGAGGAGGCCUG